AUGGACCGCCAGACGAUCAUGGAGACCAACCGGUCUCUUCGAACCAUUAAGAAUGAGCUUGAGAGCCUCCUCGAAAAGGGCGUCAUCGAUGAAGCUGCCUUCGACACGAUCCACGCCGCUCUUCCCGCCGAAACGCCCCUUCGCGGAGCUGCGCCCGGCAGCGCGGCUCGUUCUGCCACCCAGACCCCCGCUCAAACGGCCGCGGCUGCGACGCCUCCUGUCCAGGCCUUCCAGAACCUCAACGUCAACGCUGCCUCCCCUGCGCCGCCCUCGUACGAAGACACUCCUGCCCCCAUCCUGCCCACGCGUACGCCCGCUGGAAGGCCUGUCCUGGCCCAUGCCCGGGCCUUGUACCGCUACGAGGCCAGCGAUGGUCGCGACCUGAGCCUGGAAAAGGACGACAAGGUCGACGUGUACGAGUACAUGAACCAGGACUGGUGGAUGGGCCGCAACCACCGCACCGGCCUGGAGGGCAUCUUCCCCCAAAACUACGUCUUCGUCGAACAGCAGGAGAAGGCUCCUGCUCCCGCUCCCGCCCCUGUGGCUUAUCCCCAGCAGCCGACGUACGGUUAUCCCGCCCAGUCUCAGGGAACGCCGGCCCAGCAGAACCCGUACAAUGCCAGCGUUCCUCCUAUGGCGAUAGCAGAGGGCGGCCAGCCGAAUCAGCCAGGCGGUGCGGGCAAUGGCAAGGUUGGCGAGUAUGGAAAGAAGUUUGGUAAGAAGCUUGGUAACGCCGCCAUUUUCGGUGCGGGUGCCUCGAUUGGUAGCAACAUCGUCAACAGCAUCUUCUAA